GCACGACAGCGCUGUUCGCUGGCUUAGAAUAGGGAGCUGGUGGGAGAGUACCGGAGGCAGCGUGAUCGCUGUAAGGAGAGGGUUUCUGUCGGAGAGGCGGACAACAUCCAAUUCUAUGCACCAGGUGGAAAAAAAAGAAAACAUUCCUCGAUUUUGACACCAACGCGUUGAAAGUCCCAAAGCUCUGGUAGAGGACUGCACUGUUGGAGAAAAAAAGAAACUGCUGGACCUACACAGCUGGCAGACCAGUGUGGAUGUGCUGUGGGUUCGAGGCGCUGUCCUGACUGAGGAGAGAGGAGGGGCUUUUCUUCACAUACCUGUCAGCCAUGGAGAGGGAGAGGAAGUGCAUUAUACGCGGUGGAGCUCUGCUUGUUCUCUUCCUGGGUCACGCGGUCCGAGCGCUGGAAGUGCCUCUCGAUCCUAAAGUUCUGGAAGGAUUGCCGCAGCCGCCAACCAUAACUCACGAGUCUCCCAAGGAUUACAUCGUGGACCCGCGAGAGAACAUCGUCAUCCACUGCGAGGCCAAAGGGAAGCCCCAUCCCAGCUUUUCAUGGACCAGAAAUGGGACACACUUUGACAUAGACAAGGACCCUAAAGUGAUGAUGAAGCCCAACUCUGGCACCCUGGUCAUAGACAUCAGCAUGGAGAAGGCCGAGGCGUACGAGGGGGUCUACCAGUGCACGGCCAGGAACGAGCACGGGGCGGCCGUGUCCAACAACAUCGUCAUCCGCCAGUCCAGGUCCCCCUUGUGGGCGAAGGAGAGAAAUGAGCCCAUCGUCGUGCAGGAGGGAGUGCCCCUACUUCUGCAGUGUCGGCCGCCCGCUGGACUCCCUCCUCCAAUCAUAUUCUGGAUGGAUAACAAUUUUCAGAGGCUGCCCCAGAGCAGCCGCGUCUCCCAGGCCUUGAACGGGGACCUCUAUUUCUCCAACGUGCUCACGGAGGAUACCCGCAACGACUACAUCUGCUACGCAAGGUUCCCCCACACUCAGACCAUACAGCAGAAACAGCCCAUUACUGUCAAGGUCUUGGACAUGGAUGCAAUCAAUGAGACAAUGGCAGCUUUAUUGAAUGACACUGAUUUUUUUGGUGACAGCCCUGCGGGAGAGCGCCGCCCAACAGUCGUGGUCCCGCCUGGAUCCAGCAGCACCAAGAUGGUCCUGAGAGGGGAGACUCUCGAGCUGGAGUGCAUUGCUGAAGGCCUGCCAACGCCAGAGAUCUCCUGGGGCAAAGUGAGUGGAGAGCUGCCCAGCGGUAGGACCUCCUUUCACAGCUUCCAGAAGACCCUCAAGGUCGCAGAGGUCACCGAGGCGGACGCAGGGGACUACAAAUGCACAGCCAAGAACAGCCUGGGCACCGUUGACCACGUCAUCACCGUCAUCGUCAAAGCUGCUCCAUACUGGAUAAGAUCCCCCAGGAAUCUUAUUCUGGCCCCCAAAGAGAGGGGUGAGCUCUCCUGCAAGGCAAAUGGCGACCCCAAGCCCACGAUCACAUGGUCCAUGAAUGGCAUCCCGAUUGAGAAUACGCCCAAAGACCUCAACAGGAAGGUGGAAGAUGACACCAUCGUCUUCACCAACGUUCAGACUGGAUCCAGCGCGGUUUAUCAGUGCAAUGCUUCCAAUGAAUAUGGCUAUCUGCUGGCUAAUGCCUUUGUCAAUGUGCUUGCUGAACCACCAAGGGUCUUGACACCACCUAACAAACUCUACCAGGUCAUCAGAAACAAUCCUGCCUUACUUGACUGUGCCUCUUUUGGGUCCCCAAUACCAAACAUCACGUGGUUCAGGGACAGCCAGACCCUCGUGGAUGGGGACUCUUACAUCUUGCAUGAGAAUGGCACCCUGGAGAUACAUAUGGCUCAAACCCAGGACAGUGGCAGGUACACCUGCAUAGCCCUGAACACUCUGGGCAGCAAAGAGAACCACGUGUUACUGGAGGUCAAAGAGCCCACCAGGAUUCUGAAGCAGCUGGAUUACAAGGUCGUCCAGAGGAACAGUGACGCGGUUUUUGAGUGCAGGGUGACACAUGACCCCUCUUUGAUCCCCACAGUGACCUGGCUAAAGGACAGCGGGGAGCUACCGGAUGACGAGAGAUUUGUGGUGGACUCUGACAGUCUGACUAUCAAUGGCGUGACAGAGAGCGAUGAGGGUAAUUACACCUGUAUCAUGAACACCACGCUGGACCAGGACUCCGCCAGCGCUGUGCUGACUGUCGUCGAGGCAACCCCAACUCCAGCUAUCGUCUACGAACAACCCGAUCAUCCCACUGACCUGGAGCUGACUGACCAGCAGGCGAGGAGUGUCCAGCUAACCUGGAUACCUGGAGAUGAGCACAACAGCCCUAUUCAGAAGUUUGUCAUUCAGUAUGAGGAUUCCCUUCACCAGCCUGGCGUCUGGCACAAUCUGACCGAGGUCCCAGGCACCAAGACCACCGCUCACCUCAAGCUAUCGCCUUACGUCUACUACACUUUCAGAGUGCAGGCAGUCAACGACGUGGGCUUCAGUCAACCCAGCCCCCCGUCCCAACAGUACAGAACAGAACCGGCAGCUCCUGAAGAAAACCCAUCUGGCGUGGAAGCCACUGGAAAUAAACAUGACAAUCUAGUGAUAUCAUGGACGCCAUUGUCAGGCCUACAGUCCAACGGACCAGGGCUCCAGUACAAAGUGAUGUGGAGGCAGAAGGACGUGGAAAGUGAUUGGGAUUCUGUGAUGGUGACCAACGUCUCUAAGUUUGUGGUUUCGGGGACGCCCACCUUUGUUCCUUACGAGGUCAAGGUUCAGGCGGUGAAUGAGUAUGGGAAUGCACCAGAGCCAGAAAUUUUCCUGGGCCACUCAGGAGAAGACUUGCCAACGGUUGCUCCUGAGAAUGUUGAGGCCCAUGUGCAGAAUAGCACGUUAGUUGAAGUGCGCUGGGACCCUGUUCCUUCCAGCACUGUCCGGGGCCGACUCAAGGGGUACAAGGUGCAAUACUGGAAAGAGAAGAGUCUACACAAGCACCACCCACACCAUGAGGAGCGGCAGGUCCUGACCUUCAGCGGGAACAAGACCCACGGCAAGCUGCCCGGCCUCCACCCUUACAGCCUCUACACCUUCAACGUCAGGGUGUUCAACAGGAAGGGGGAGGGUCCCCCCAGCCCUGACCAGGAAUUCAGGACCCCUGAGGGAGUCCCUGGUCGCCCUGCUUUCCUUAGGGUUGUGAAUGUAAAUCUGGACUCUUUGACCCUGGAGUGGGAACCUCCCGUUGAACACAAUGGCCGUCUGACUGGCUACACGCUCAGAUACCAGCCGAUUAACAACACCAAUGAGCUCGGCCCUCUAGAAGAGAUAGCUGUUCUGCCUAAUGAAACCAGCUACACUCUGCUCAAUCUCAAAUACAGCACACGCUACAAGUUCUAUUUCAGUGCAAACACAAGCAAAGGCUCAGGACCCGUGAUAACAGAGGAGGCAGUCACAGUUAUGGAUGAGGUUCUUAUGCGCCAGCCCGCAGUAGAUGUGGGCAAAGGGCGCACAGAAGCCCCUCAUCCAAUCUCCCCUAUCACACAGUCUCUGCGCCCCCCAUCCCACAAGGUGCGGCCCGUUGGUCCGGCUUUUGGGAACGUUAGCUCGUCUGUGAGAGAGAAUGGAGCUGUUAUCAGUUGGGAGUACUGGGGACCAGAUAAGAAUGUUUUUGUUGAAUACAUUGUAGAAAACAGUAAAGAAGAUUGGAAAAAAGAGUUUGUUAAUGGCUCUCAGACCUAUCAGAUUAAAGGCUUAAAGCCGGGGACAUCGUACAAAGUACGAGUCGUUGCUAAAGAUCAGUCUGAUGAGACCGUUCACAGUACAGAGGAGUUGUUGAUAACUGUCCCAGCCAUUGCGAGUCGGCAGGUGGACAUCGCCACCCAGGGCUGGUUCAUUGGCCUGAUGUGUGCCAUCGCUCUCCUCAUCCUGGUGCUGCUGAUCAUCUGCUUCAUCAAGAGGAACAAAGGGGGCAAGUACCCUGUGAAAGAAAAAGAGGACGCACACGCAGACCCGGAAAUCCAGCCGAUGAAAGAGGACGACGGGACUUUCGGGGAGUACAGUGACACCGAGGACCACAAACCAUUAAAAGGAAGCCGCACCCCGUCCAACGGGACGGUGAAGAAAGAUGACAGCGAUGACAGUUUGGUCGACUACGGCGAAGGCGGGGACGGGCAGUUCAACGAGGACGGCUCCUUCAUCGGACAGUACAGCGGGAAGAAGGAGAAGGACACGGCGGAAGGCAACGAGAGUUCGGAGGCGCCCUCCCCCGUCAACGCCAUGAACUCCUUCGUGUAGGCGGCGGUAGCAGCGCCGCGGCAACGGUCCCGACCUCAUCUCACAGGUUGUCUCCAUGGCACUACGACCUCAUCACACGCGCAUCCCCCCCGUACAAAUGACAUCACCGCAGAAUCACAGCCAGUGAGAUGCCCCAAGGAGAACCAUCAAAGUAACGUCGGAAAACAGAACGAAUGUAUCUACAGUAAAGCAACAGUUGAAGCGCCUCGGAAGGGGGCAGGAACGCGAAAUCGCUGUUAUAUUGUUUGCGAACAUAUAUUUUCUCAACAUGACCCACAGUCAAUCGGGCAGCAUUAAAAAAAAAAGACAUCCUUUCAUCUGCUUCUAAUAUAAUGCAUGGAAACAGUAAUAUUCUAUCACUCAUUAUAACACACAGAGAAUAAACCAUAGUGUAUAACGUUGAAGCAGUGAUUCAUUUUGACUAUACAGUGCACAUCUGAAUGACUGGGUAUGCCUUUUGUUAUAUCGUAAAAGUGUUUCAUUGGUAUUAUAUGAAAAAGGCAUCAAUGUCUUUGUGGACAUUGUUGUGAAAUGCGUGAUUAAAUGUAUAGCUAUAAUUAUAUGUCUUUUUUGCAAGACAGGAGCUGUUUGUAUAUAAUUGCAGAAAAAAUAUAUAGACUGGAAAUUGGUUGUGUGUUUAUGUAUUGGGCUCAGAUCUCAAUAUAAAAGUACUUUGUUGUCACGCAUCUCGGCACACUCUCGUAGACAUCUCCAUGUCUGAUUCAGGUUGCUUCUGAUAUUUAUAUUUUUCCAUCCUUAUUGUCAUUGACAUCGGAAAUGUUUUCAUGUUGCAUUUGCACUAAUGAAAAUGGAGACUGAAACGCUGCAUGUUAAAACAUCAGAACUCGUUUCCAUGGCUUCACCCCACAUAAUGGCUGUGUGUGAAUCCGGCACGUCCUGGCAGUGAUGUAAAGAUUCCUCCAAGCCACGACACACUGUAAAGUAACCAUCCAGAGUCCUGCCUUUUGUGCUGAACAGAGAGAGUCUGUUUAAGUGUCAAACGCUUCAACGUACACAGGCGUCUUGUUGCAGUCUCUGAAUGUGGGUGGUGCUUGGUGCCCUUCGGUAUAUAGUGCCUUUGUAGAGAACAGUGUUCUGUAUUAAUUUACAAAUCCAUUCAUUUUGAGAAAGGUCACAGUUGACGUAAAAUAUGAACAGGAGUUUAAGAUUGAAGAUGGUAGGUGCUACAACUGAAAGUCUUUGAAACGAACAAGGAGAGAUUCAUAUCAAAAGCUGCACAGGACCCCUUAGCUGUUAAGAGAAAGGAGGAAGAGGGGAGUCUGGUUUUCUACCAAGCAGCUUAAACCUACUGCCAAUCCACUGGUAAACUGCCAUUUUGGACGUUUAACGUGUCAUGCCACAGCUGACCCCUCUUCAGUAUACUAUCAGUGGUUCUGGUUGUCUAUCAAAUGGUUUGUGUGUUGCUGCUUGUGCGUGUUCCAUUGCAUGGAAAUGUGAUAGCUGUUUUGCAAAGGAUGUAACUCCAAUUAGGCCUAAAAAAAACUGUUCUACUUGUUUAAAGUAAUGAGCCUCGUGGGUGAAAAGGACCGGAUGUUCAUGGUUUGCUUUUUCAUAACUUGCAUCAAGUUUUAAGUUCGAUUGUAUGUUUUUAUGUGUAGAUAUUUUUUUGUUGAAUUUUGUAAAUAUACCUGACUUGACUGCAGACUCAUUAGUCCAGAAGAAAUGAGGAGAAAGGCAUGUACAGUAUGACUGUACAUGGGGUGAUGUGUCCCAAUGGGUGGCAUCGUGUUGAGUGCGAUUUUCUUUACACUUCAUUUGUUGUGAAUUUUGUAUAUUUGUAACUCACAGAACGGCAACAUACUCACAAGCUCAGCUCGCAGUCGGAGAACAUUUUUAACUUUCAGACAAUGUUUCUUUGUCCACUAUACUUGUUUGUUUCUUGACAGCACAUGCACCGUUUUUCCUAAUAAACUGAAGAAACCAUGCAGUUCUGUAAAGAAUUUCCGAGAUGGGGUGUCAGCGUAGCAGAGUGCAUAUUCCCCGUGUGUUUUGUUAGCGGUGGUUACGAUGUGACAUUCUGGUUCAUGUUGAUGCAAAGUGCCCAUGUGCAUGAAAGGCUGCCAAAUGGAUUACUCUAUAAUAUUAUUGCAAAAUAUUUUGUAUUCUAAAUGAAAAAUAAAUGUUGGUUUCAGGAUUUCACUAACAAUUUAUUUUAUUCCUUGUUUUUAUUUAAGUUUUACCCUUGAGAGUUUAAAAUGGAUUUCCAACAACUGGAAAUAAUAUGGUUAUAUAAAAUAAAUAUAAAUA